AUGGAAAAAAUGAACUUGAACUUAGCUGCUACUAGUACUUUCUGCGAUGAAAAGCCAGCCAUUCAUUGCCCCUAUCCUGCCAUUCCUCAGGCCAGCUAUGACCAGUCAAAGCUCUCUUCUCCUUCAAACUCGCCUCCAAGCUCUCCCCCAUCAAUUGGAAUAUUAGAACUGGCAGAGCUCGGGAGUACUAUGGUCUCAGAGGAGGACGGCAGCUUUCCUGUGACACCUGAUUCCAAGCAAUCUGGGGGUAAACACCGCCCCACUGCUGAUAUCUCUGAGUCUCACCACCAUGAAUCAGACAGUCAUACCACCAGUACUCGGAAGGAUCAGGAGGCGUUGUCGAGAGCUAUAAAGGAUAUGAGCCUGCACACCUUCCACUGCGCUAUUCACUACAAGGAGGUGGUCCGAGAAACUUUGCGCAUGGAAUACUUGUACAGGGGCUGGCUUCUUGAGACAUCAAGAAGGUUGAACAUCUUCAAUGAGUCCUUACAUCAUGAAAUGGAAAUGGAGUUUUGGAAGGUGGAUCAAGAAUUGCAGUGGCUAGUGCAUGUGCUUGUUGACCAAGGGGGAUUGACACACACGACUAAUGAUGAUGUCCAGUAUGUUACUGCAGCUCGAGACAGCAGUGGGAAAGCUCUUGUUGAUGCUGAUGCUGAGAUCGAUAUAUUUAAACAAUUUUCCAUUGGAGAUACGGAUGAUCGUGACAACAAAUCGGAAUUGGAAGCCACCCAGCGAGUUACUGCUGUGUUGUAG